AUGCAAUACGACUUAAUUGUAGCUAUCGCGGCGCUUGUGCUCUCCUCAAAGGCGGGCGCCGCCAGAAUUUGCGGGAGCAGCAACGCUACAUCGACCUACCAGUGGCGAUUGAGCGACGCGAGGUACGACAGCGCAGCCCCGAGCGACAACGGCGGCCCCGCGACCUUGGCAGUGAGCAUAGUGCCAACCAAUGGGUCUUAUGGGACGUUCUUCGAAUGUUUUGCAGCAUGGCCAGAUGCGUGGAAGGGGUGGCAAGAUGGCGGAGACAAUAUCAUAUGGAGCGAUUGCAUCUGGGCCGGCAAUGGGUUCAACAUCGACAACACCGUCUCCUUCGCUGUGGAUUGGGCUAAUAAGACGAUGUAUGUCUCGCAUACUUUCGCCUGCUCGGACGCUGAAGGGGCCGAUGGUCUGGCUACAGGAAUACUGCCCCUGAACAUGAAUUGCGCGACGACCGCGGAGGGUAGUGAGACAUGCGCACUGGUUCCCAGCGAUUCGAAGGGUUUCACCACAAAGGGAGGCCCGACUCCACAAGAGCCAGGUAGUGUUUGCCCGGGUACGGCGGAUAGUUAUCAAUCAUGGCAGGUGGAGCAGUGGAAGAGGCAGUACGAAUGGCCCCCGGGCUCGUCAUUGUCCGACCCCCCGAAAGCCGACACGGGUCCGGCUUUUGUCUUGAGGAACAUGAGAACUAGGGAGGCCGAAUCCUUUUCGUGCAGGAACUCCGGAAAAAUCGAAGAUGAGAAGUUCACUGGUACCUGCGUCGCGGCGGACCAGGCGUCGGUGAGCACGGCAGAGUUCGUCUUCGAUAGGAAGCUCGACAUGCUCACUAUCACCCAACACUGGCAGUGCGGCGAAGUCUCGUUGGAUGCUGUCGGCGUAGGCUAUGUCCAAGCAACAUGCGAUCGCCAAAGCGAUUUGCUGACUUGCACCACCGGGCCGAUUUGGAUCGGGACGAAGACUCUGUGA